AUGGAUUUAAAAAAUGCCGAAUGCAUAUGGGAUGCUCUAAAUGAUUUAUGUAAAAAUGAUAGAAAGGCCUAUGAUAAGUUUAUCAAAAAGCAUAUGGAUAAAAUACAUAAAGCAAAACCAGUGAAGCCGAAAUUUUGUUUUUGUGUAGUAGCAGAUGUUGAACAAGUUGCUAUCAAAACAAAUAUAAAUGAAUACAAAGAAAAAAUUUGUGAUUAUUAUAUAUAUAUAUAUUACACAAAUAAAAUUAGGGCACCAAUACUUCCAAAAGAUUUUAUGAACAAUAUAGAUAGCAUAAAUUUUGAAAAUAUUUUUAUAAGUACAUCUAAAAUUAAAGGAGAAAGUUCUAAAGAUAUGUAUGCUGAAGCAGUUAUACAUUCUAUCAUAUAUAAAAAUAUGAAUAAUUUGUAUUUUAAGAACAAAAUUGUCACUAGAAUAUUAGAAAUUAUGAAUGAUUAUGAAAAAACGUUCAGGAAUGAUAUAAUUGUAAAUACUAAUACAUUUAAAUAUAUCGAAUUACAAUAUGUUCCAAAAUCAUGUCACUAUUUGAAUCCUCAUUGUAUAGAUAAUAACUCAAUUGAAAAAAACGACGAAACUAUAGAUGAAGAAGACAUUAAAUUUUACAAUAUAUUAAAUGAAAAACAAAAUCAAAAUAAUGAUCCUAUAAAUGAAGAAAAAAAAGAAAUAAAAAUACAUAGCACGUCAAGUGAUAUUUUGAACGAUAUAAAAUUAGUGAAAACUACAAAAAAAAAUAAUGAUAAUGAAUCAACUAAAGUUAAUAUACCUAAACAAAUACGGUCAUAUCAUUACACAAUUAUUGAUAGAUUUUUACACAUUAUUUUAACCUUUAAUAAUAUUUCUUACGAUGAUAUAGAAAUUUUGAAAAAGAAUAAUAACAUUGAUAUAUACGUUUCCAACCAAUCCAAUGAGUGCAUGUCUUUAAAUUUUAAGGAAAAUUUAAGUGAUAAUGUUAAAGCAUACUUUAAUGAAAAAUUAUUAAAAUUAACAAUAAGUAUUGAGUUGUUAUAUUGA